AUAUAAAUGGGAAGAUGUAUUUUCGAAAAUCAGUUGGGAAAUCGACGAUGAAGACACAAGUAGUUUCCAUUCUAUUGAGUGCGCUUCUGUGCAGCACACUAGCCCUAGAAUACCGCAGGGCAAGUGAAUUAUCGUCACACUUCAGACAUGGACACAACAAACACCAUUCCAAACACAUUUCCCACGCCAGAUCUAAUUCCGAACAAUGCCAACUAAAAUGCCAGUUACCAACAAACCCUUCUGGUAGCCUCCACCUCAACAUCAACGUAACAGUCGGCAUUGUGGCGGUCGUGAACGUCGAUCUUAACGUCACCCUCGUACUCAGCGUCAACGAAUCGAUCGCUGUUUUGGUCAACGGUCAAACUGGAGAGGCCAUCGUCAUCGACAUCCAAGCCCAAAGUGGUGUCUACAUCAAAGCCGGACUUUCCUCUUUGGUGUGGGUAGCCGCCAACAUUAGCUUCGACGCAUGGUUCGCAGGUUUGGCCAGUCUUAAGGCAUUGCUCAGUGUGUCCGGAGCUGUUUCCUUCAGCGUUAAAUCCGCCAGUCAAGCUAUACUGAAUGUGGCUCUGAACAUCGUCUCUGGUUUAGUAGGCAACAUCAAGCUUUCUGCUUCCAACGCUCUUCAACUUGCUGUCACCUUGGCCGCAAGUUUGGUUAAAUCUCUGAAGGUAGUUCUGCAGGUCGUUGAAAGCGGAUCAGUUGUUAUAGCCUCCGGCUGUUUGAUUGUCGUAGCUAAUGUCUUGAACGCUGUAGCUACUAUUGUAUCUGGUGUUGUAGGUGGCAUAGCUGCUUUGGUAGCUGCACAUGUGCGUUUAGAUAUCCAACUUAUCUUAGCCGCAAUCUCUGGUGUAGAUGUUCUUGUUUCAAUCUUGGUUGCCAUUAUCGACAAAGUAGGAGUUGAUGUACUUGCCCCAGUUUUAUCAUCGGUUGAAUCCAUUGUUCUGAUUAUUGCUCAAUUGGCUGGAAACGUUGUCAGUGGUACCGUUGAUGGUGUUAUCAACGUUCUCGCCCAAAUCAUCCUUCUGGCCCAAGGAAAAGUCAGCCUUAAUGUUGUCAUCAACGUUGUAUUGCAAGUAGCCGUUUCGGUCUCUGGAAAUAUCAGCCUUUCUGGAGAAUUAGAUAUAUUGAAACAACUGGUAGUUUCUGUAGGAGGUAACUCAUCCGCUUUGGCUCAAGUAGAAGCUUUGGUUGAAGGCGUGGCCAACGGAUCCUUGAAACUUGCUGGUGUUGCUGUCCAAGAUAUCAUCAAGGCUCUUUCGGGUGCAGUGAGCGGUGCUCUUUCCGUGGUAGUAGACGUUUUGGUUGCUAUAUCUGCUGUUGUAGAAAUCGCUACUUCUCUUCCUGGUCUCAUUUUACAUCUUAUCGGGCUUAUCUUUACCGAUCUCGGCAAAGCAUUAUUGCAGAAAGUAAUUCCAUCAAUCAAUUUGGGAGUUAAGAUUACAGUUGCAAAUGCUAUCUCACUCCUCACUGGUGGAAUCGAGGGACUUAUCGAAGCUAUCCCAGUUAUUGGAGAUAUCUACAAGGCAGUCAAGGCUGCCCUUUCCGGCAAAGUUAACAUAAACCUCUGGUCUCUUAUAAACGCAUCAGCAUCAGUUAUCAACGGAAUUAAGGCCGUACUUGUCUACUACAUUCCACUUCUUAGCAUUCCUCUGGGAGUCUCUGGAAGCACAUCAGCCGCAGGAUCCGCAGCUGGAGCUGGAUUGGUUGAAGUAUCUGGUGGCGUUACCAUCAACGUCAACGUAGCUGCUGGAUUCAGCUUAUCAGCUUAGACUGAAACCCGUUUUGGAAAUGGAAACUAGUUUAAAACGACAUCAAUCACAUUUAUCACAUGUAAAAAAAUAAUAAAAAAAUUAGCAAAUACAA